UUGACCAAUCACGUAGCUCUAAAAGACCGCACGCGCGGCUUCCUGUUUUUUUUUUUCCACCAGGGUUUUCACUGCGCAACAUUAAAUCCGUCCGCCUUCUGCGCUUCUGCUGCGGAGACUGAACUUACCGUCGUCCUUUGCACACAGCUAGGAAGAUCCUGUAACAUGUCUAUCCUGAAGAUUCAUGCCCGUGAGAUUUUCGACUCACGUGGAAACCCCACAGUUGAGGUUGAUCUCUACACUAAGAAAGGUCUCUUCAGAGCUGCAGUGCCCAGCGGUGCCUCUACUGGAAUCUACGAGGCCCUUGAACUUCGUGACAAUGACAAGACUCGCUAUCUGGGCAAAGGGGUGAAAAGAGCUGUAAAAUAUGUAAAUGAGUUCUUGGCCCCAGCUUUGUGUAACCAGGACGUGUCCGUCAUGGAGCAGGAGAAGAUUGACAAGCUGAUGCUUGAUAUGGAUGGCACAGAGAAUAAAUCUAAAUUUGGUGCUAAUGCCAUCCUGGGUGUGUCCCUGGCUGUGUGCAAGGCUGGUGCUGCGGAGAAGGGCGUCCCACUCUACCGCCACAUUGCCGACCUUGCUGGAAACCCAGAGGUCAUCCUCCCAGUGCCUGCCUUCAACGUUAUCAAUGGGGGUUCUCAUGCUGGAAACAAACUGGCCAUGCAAGAGUUCAUGAUCCUCCCAGUCGGAGCAAGCAACUUCAAGGAGGCCAUGCGCAUCGGUGCUGAGGUCUACCACAACCUGAAGAACGUGAUCAAGGAGAAAUACGGCAAAGACGCCACCAACGUGGGAGACGAAGGAGGUUUUGCCCCCAACAUUCUGGAGAACAAAGAAGCUCUUGAGCUGCUGAAGACCGCCAUCAGCAAGGCUGGCUACACUGACAAGGUUGUGAUUGGUAUGGAUGUUGCAGCCUCUGAAUUUUAUAAAGAUGGCAAAUAUGACCUGGACUUCAAGUCACCUGAUGACCCCAAGCGUUACAUCAGCCACGACAAGCUCGCUGAUCUCUACAAGAGCUUUGUGAAGGAUUAUCCUGUUGUCUCCAUUGAGGACCCCUUUGACCAGGAUGACUGGGAAGCCUGGUCCAAGUUCACAGGCAGCACCAGCAUCCAGGUUGUGGGUGACGAUCUGACCGUGACCAACCCCAAACGAAUUGCUAAGGCCGUAUCAGAAAAGGCCUGCAAUUGCCUGCUACUGAAGGUCAACCAGAUUGGCUCUGUCACAGAGUCCCUCCAGGCCUGCAAGCUGGCUCAGUCCAGUGGCUGGGGUGUGAUGGUGAGCCACCGCUCUGGAGAAACCGAGGACACCUUCAUUGCUGAUCUGGUGGUUGGCCUCUGCACUGGCCAGAUCAAGACUGGCGCCCCCUGCAGGUCUGAGCGUCUGGCAAAGUACAAUCAGCUUCUCAGGAUUGAAGAGGAACUUGGAGACAAGGCCCGCUUUGCUGGCCAGAACUUCAGGAAGCCCAUCUGAAGAGCAGGCCUUUCUCAGGCCACUGUUUACCAUACUCAUGCUCCCACACAUUAAGCCACGCUGUAUCACACUCUCGAGCCGAAGGAUCCUGGAAAGGCAUUGAAAUUUAAGGUCCAAAUCUGUAGGCUAAGACAUAAAUAUGUUUCAGUGCCAAUGAAACACUCAUCUUUCUAUGCUUUGGCACUCAAAUAAUAGCAUUGGUCCUAAUUAUAAUCUGUGUAUUGUGUGUGAUGUUUCCUUGCUUUUUGUGUGUUGUACUGAGUCUGGGCAUCUAUUAAUUUAGAGUUAAUUUGUUCAGUCUUCUGCACUGUGUGUAGUAACAUGCGCUCGUUGUGUUGCUAUUGAAAAGCUGUAGCGCUCCUGUAAAGUGUGGCAUAACAACAAAUAAACUUGUGUGGAAGUGG